CACUAACGGCAAGAAGAAGAAAAACAGUCCAGUUGUUGAGUUACGUUUAUCUUGCGCUUGUAAAGAAAACGUCGAAAAAGUGUUAAAUACAUCAUAUUUUAUAGCAAAAAUUAGUGCAAAACUUAAUUCAAUAUACACAGUUGCUAAAUCCAAUAAGUUAAAUUGUUAAUUUUUGUGCAAAAUUAACAUAAAUAGCAUUUAAAAAUUUUGCGCGUUCACGGUACGUUGUUCAGCGUGGCGUGUGUGUAUGUAUGUAGUACAUACGUGUGUAUGUGUGCGUAAUAUACCUGCUAGUUGAUUUUGUGUUGAAUCGUCGUUGCGCCAGUGCAAGCAGUAAAGGGAGAGCAAAAGAGAACUCGCUACUUUGAGAGUGUGAAGCGUUGCAACUACAAAAAAAAAAACAUUGCAAAAUACAAGUUAUUGUAUUUUGUAAGCUAAAUUCGUAACGAGCAGCGAAUCGAUUUGAAAAAAUAAUGUCUGACGAAACGAGCAUACAGCAGAAACCUGAAGCAGAGGCGAUUGCGGGCACAAAAGCUAACAAUGCUGAUGAUGCGGCUAUUCAACCGGCGGCGGGAGCGAAUGAGAAAAAGACACCAAAACGCACACCGAAGCGCACUUCAUUUAUUGAGAGAGCACAGCGCGAGAGCGAGGAACUCGUUCGCACAAUGGGCGGCAGUUUGGAACUGGAGGGCGGUCGACGCACUCGAUCCAGCACGCGUGGAACGCCGACACGUGCAGCCGACACUAUUACACCGCCACCCAGUAAAAAGGCGCGCACAUCGCCAGCGACAACAAAGAGUGGCGGAGGACGAGCUGGACGUGGAGCACGCAAACUGGAUGUCGGAGGCGAUGAAGAUCCCGAGCCGGUGAAAGCGAAGCCAGCUGAGAAGCCUGUGGUAGCCGCAUCACCCGCCAAGUCAACCAGCGCUGCCAAGAAAGAUAAAAAGGAGGAGAAGGCGGAAAAGCCCAAGGAAGUGACGCCAAAGAAGGGCAAAGAGGGUGCAAAGAGCACAGCAGCAACUCCCGAAAAGAAAGCAACAGACAAAAAGAAGGAAACUCCAACCAAGGUUGCUGAAACCAAGGAUCAAACGGACUCGGCUGAAAAACUGGAUGAAAUCAAGGAAGAGACACACAAUAAUGUUGAACACGUUGACGAUAAAGACAACACAAAAGAAAAAGAUCCCGAAGUAAAGGAGAAAGCCGCGGAAGAAGAGUUGGCAGCAAAACCUGAAGUGGCAGCAGAAACAGAACCAGUUAAACCCGAAGAACCAUCGAGUAAUGCUACUGAAACAGAACCAGCCGUAUCAGCCAUGGAAGUGGAUGACGAUGACGUCGAUGAAGUUAAAGAGAAAGAGGAGCCAAGUGCAGCACAGCCUGUUGCUGACACAACAGCCUCCAAUGCCUCUUCUUCUGUACCUGCUGAAGCCACAGAAACUGUACCCGAAACCGUAAACGAAACUGUGGAGGAAACCAAGGCGUCAACAUCAGAAACACAAGAAAAAGAGAGUGUUGAAGAACCAAAAACCGAAGCUGAACCCGCCAAGCAGCCAACGCCGGAGCCCAUGGAAGUGGAUUCUAGUUCGAAAGCUAGUUCCGAAGCUGCCAAACCCAUAUCAUCACCCGUGAAAGAAACUGCGCCUGUGGAUGACGCUGUCGAAGCUGUCGAGCCCGAAGCGCCAGCAGCACCAGCAUCGACAUCUGAAGCUGUAGCCGAAACUAAAGCAGAAGCAGCAGAAAGCAAUAAUGAAGCCGCCGUUGAGCUGGCCACCGAAGUUAAGGAAGAUGCACCAGUCGAAACCACAGAAAAGGAGGCAAGCGAAGUGGAAAGCACAACCACAACAACUACAACUCCUACCACCACUACUGAAAACAAUACGGCCGUUGUUGCUGAUGGUGAAUCUGCUCCAGAACCUGCUGCACCUGUCACCAAUAAUGAUGUAAGCAAGCAGGCGCCAAUUGUUGCAGAAGAUUCGGCUGUAACGGAGCCAUCGGCGGAAACACCCGUCAAGGAGUCGCAGACCAACUGUGAAAACAAGUCCGAGCACAAUGACAACGGCGAGCCGAAGAUUGUGAAUAAUGCUGCUGAGGAUGGUGAAAAUCAUGCAACGCCGCAGGCUUGCAAUUAAAGCAGAUAUGAUGCAGCAACAAAAUAAGAACAGAAGAUCAUAAAAAUAAAAAAAUACACCAAUAACCAAUAGCGCGUGCCGAAUGCGUACAAAACGUAACUUCGACGCGAUUCGACAAGAGAUGCCGCCACAAUACAAUAUGCAAAUCAUUUGAAAUUUCCUAAACUGAGGCGCCGUCAUCUUAGCAACAACGCAGGUUCAAUUUGUAUCCUUACAAUUGUCAAGUCUCUUUUUUUUACCUUAAACACACAAACACACACGAGAAAUGAUACGCGAUUGCAAUUCUCUAAGCGUCUUCCAGUCUUUGGCUACAAAAAACAUAAGUAAUAUCUUAGGUCUUAGACUGUAAUCGAUGCUGGAUAUUCAAUGCUGGUAUCUGUGUGCGCAAUAUAUAUAUAUAUAUACAUAAAUAUUAUUAUUAUGAUAACAAUCAUAAUCACCUACAGCAGACAGAAACUAAUAUAUAAGGUGUUCAUCUGUCUGCCAGCGCAAUCCCCCCCAAAAAAAAAAAAACAAAACUACCCCACCACCAACCCCCCGCACACAAACA